AUGGCGGCAAAUACAGUGACAUUGAGGCUGUUCAGAGAUGAGGAUGUGUAUGAAGAUUUCGAAGUGGAGAAUAUGGUUGCAAUGGAAUCAGUGGUCCUAAAGAAUUUUAUAGACACAUACACAGACACAGGAAUGGAGCCUCUGAGAUUUCCUAUUCUUUAUGGUAAUAUCAAAAGCAGAAAAGUGCUGGAGAUGGUAUUAGACCACUGUAAAUUCCAUGCUCAUGCAAAAUCCAACACUAUAUCAGAAGAGGAUGUGAAGAUAUGGGAUACACAAUUCGUUGAAAGAGCUCUUUCUGCAGAUAAAAAUCAGGCGACAUUCUGCCACAUUCUUUUGGCUGCGAAUUUUCUUGAAAUUAGAGAUCUAUUUGAUUUGUUAUGUAAGGCAUCUGCAGAUUUUCUGGAACACAAAAGUGUUGAAGAAAUGCGCCAAAUGCUUAAGAUAGAGAACGAUUUUAGUGAGGAAGAAGAGGAGGCAAUCAUGCGACAGACAGAACGGGCAUACGCAUAA